AUGCCAUUAAAGGAGGCUAGAAUAAACUCCGAAGGAAAUAUUAUGAACCUCAACUCCAAGCAGACAAGAUAUAAAAAACAAGAAGAAAGCCUCGCCUUCAUCUACAACUCCAAGAAAGAAGUGGGAGGUAAAAGAAACCAACAUGUAUCUAUUGAAGGGGAUCUACAGCUGGAUCCGGAGUUGAAUAUACGCAGGAGGGGAGGAAAGGGGAAUUUAGGAUUCCCCAGAGAAAGGCUUUCACAAAAGAACAAAGUCAACUACCAAGCCCAAGCCAGUCUCAAAAACCGGAAGGUGCUCCACAUUGGAAACAAUCUGACAAGGGACUGA